CUUCCCCAACAGAAUUGCCAACAGUUGCCCCAACAGCUGGCCCAAAAGCAGCCCCAACUGAAGCACCAACAGCUGCCCCAACAGAGGCACCUACAACAGCCACAACUGAAGCACCAACAGCUGCCCCAACAGCUGCCCCAACGAAGGCAACAACAGCUGCCCCAACUGAAGCACCAACAGCUGCCCCAACAUAAGCAACAACAACUGCCCCAACGAAGACAACAACAGCUGCCCCAUCAGAGGCACCUACAACAGCCACAACUGAAGCAGCAACAGCUGCCCCAAUAGAGACGCCAACAGCUGCCCCAACAGAGGUGCCAGCAGCUGCCCCAACACCUGCCCCAUCAGAGGCACCUACAACAGUCCCAACUGAAGCACCAACAGAUGCCCCAACAGAGGUGGCAACUCCUGCCCCAAUGGAGGUGCCAACAGCUGCACCAACAGCCUCCCCAUCAGAGGCACCAACAAUUGCCACAACAGAGUUGCCAACAGCUGCCCCAACAGAAUUGCCAACAGCUGCCCCAACAGCAGCACCAACUGAAGCACCAACAGCUGCCCCAACAGAGGCACCAACAUCUACCGCAACAGAGGCUCCAACAGCUGCCCCAACAGAGGUGCCAACAACUGCCCCAACAGAGGUGCCAACAGCUGCUCCAAGAGAUGCCCCAUCAGAGGCACCUACAACAGCCCCAACUGAAGAACCAACAGCUGCCCCAACAGAGGCACGAACAGAGAUACCAACAGAGGCACCAACAGCUUCCCCAACAGAAUUGCCAACAGUUGCCCCAUCAGCUGGCCCAAAAGCAGCCCCAACUGAAGCACCAACAGCUGCCCCAACAGAGGCACCAAGAGAGGCACCAACAGCAGCCCCAACAGAGGCACCUACAACAGCCCCAACUGAAGCACCAACAGCUGCCCCAACAGAGGCGCCAACAGCUGCCCCAAUAGAGGUGACAAGAGGUGCCCCAACAGAGGUGCCAACAGCUGCCCCAACACCUGCUCCAUCAGAGGCACCUACAACAGCCACAACUGAAGCACCUACAGCUGCCCCAACAGAGGUGCCAACAGCUGCCCCAACAGCUGCCCCAUCUGAGGCACCUACAACAGCCCCAACUGAAGCACCAACAACUGCCCCAACAGAGGCACCAACAGGUGCCCCAACACAUGCGCCAACAGCUGCCCCAACAGAGGUGCCAACAGCUACCCCAACAGAGGCACCAACAGCUACCACAACAGAGUUGCCAACAGCUGCCUCAACAGAGGCGCCAACAGUUGCCCCAACAGAGGCACCAAGAGUUGCCCCAACAGAGUUGCCAACAGUUGCCCCAACAGAAUUGCCAACAGCUGCCCCAACAGCAGCACCAACUGAAGCACCAACAGCUGCCCCAACAGAGGCACCAACAGCUGCCCCAA